UAACUUAACCGCUGCUUGCCCAAGAACCCAUCAACAAACUCUCAGUAACCGUCACUGCGCAUGGCGCCAUUCGCGUCGAAUAAUGGAGUGUCACCCACGUGAAAAUGUGAAAAAGUCACAAUUUGGGAGGCCUUAAAGUUUUGUGUCUGUGUUUUUUUAUCUAUAGCGACGCCACUCGAGUGAAGCGCGACAGCUGAACUUGGAUUUUGGGAGCGAAACAGCUCCCCCGGACACUUUACCGUCGUCAAUGGUAGAAGGAAGACCCACUCGCGGCGUUGGAAGGAUGCAUUUAUGAGGCCUUCAAAUUCAGAGCGUCGUUAACAGAAACCCCAAGGCCACCUUGCGUCCAUCAUGGCACUGGUUCAGGCUCCGCCCAUCCCCAUGGAACCUCACAACCUUGGGCAUGGCGCACGCUCCCGCAGACGACACCGCUCGGGCCCCUCGCCGCCAAUCAACGUGCCAGCGACCGCCGCUCUGGACCUCACGGCACGCGGCUCCCGGGACCGCCGGGCUCGACGGGGAACCUCCUUACCUGGCUCGGAGUCCGCUGAGGAGCGUUUCCUGCACAAUCGCAGUCCUCCGGCGCUUAGGACGUCCGGCCGAAGGCAGGAGAGGUGCGAGUAUGUGGAUGACUGGAACGACCAAUGCGCGGCACCCACCAGUCCGACGAGAUACCAAGACGAGAUGAAAGAGGGCUUGAAUGGGAAUGUUGGAGGGCCGCCGCCCAGACUGAUACCCGUGUCAGGAAAACUGGAAAAGAACAUGGAGAAAACAGUGCUGCGGCCCACCGCUUUCAAACCUGUGAUCCCCAAGAGCCGUGGCGCCAUGCAGUACCUGUCCCCUCGUCACGGCGGCAACAUACCGGAAAGCCAAAAUACCCCGCUGCGCACCGCCCACCGCAACCUAUCGCCCUCCGCCUCAGAGAGACGCAGCUCUUACAGCGCAGGGCGGAACGGCGGCGGCGGGAGCAGCAGCCACUCCUGCUCGGUGUCCGACUCGGGACGCAACUCGCUCUCCAGUCUUGCGGGGGGAGACGAGCCGGCGGCAGCAGGGGGUCACCCAGAGGCGAUCAAGGGCACCUCCUCCGCGGGCAUCCACGGACACUCCAACUCAGACAGCGGCCGCUCGUCCUCCAGCAAGAGCACCGGCUCCGUCAGCGGCCGGGGUCAGCCACUGUCCGACUGCGGGUCCGGCGGGCGCUCGCCGGGGCUGGUGGAUGGCUAUGACGGCGUGGUCAGGGACCUGGAAGACAAGCUCAGAGAGAGAGAGGCGGAGCUUCAGCUACUCCGAGACAAUCUGGAUGACAACGAGGCCGCCAUCUGUCAGAUAUACCGAAUGAACUGCCCGCUCGCAUUUGAGGUCUACGAGGAGAAGCAGAAGCGUUUUGAGCUGGAGCUGGAGGAGCUGCGGCAGAGCUGCGCCACCAGGAUGCAGGUGGCCUCCCAGAAGGCACAGCGAGCCCAGCAGGUGCUUCAGAUGCAGGUCCAUCAGCUCCAGCACGAGAAGAAGAAGCUGCAGGAGGACUUUGCGCAGCUCCUCAAGGAGCGAGAGCAGCUGGAGGAGCGCUGCACGUCCUACGAACACGAUAAAAUCCAGAUGGGCCCGAGACUGGAGGAGACCAAGUGGGAGGUGUGCCAGAAGUCUGGCGAGAUCUCGCUUUUGAAGCAGCAGCUAAAAGAGGCGCAGGUGGAGCUGGCCCAGCGGGCGAGCGAGGGCGCAUCACUGCGGGGGCAACUGCGCGACGCCCGCGGUGAGUUGAGCAACACCCAGGCCCUCCUGCAGGAGGCCAGCGCCACCGCUCGCGCCCGCGCCGCUGAGCUGGAGGUGUGCGAGAAUGAGCUGCAGCGGCGCAAGAGCGAGGCCGAGCUGCUGCGCGAGAAGGCGGCGCGGCUGGAAAGCGAGUUGGCGCACCUUCGGGAGCCAGACGGAGAGCGGGACGUGCUCCGGUGCCUGGCCGAGCGCAUGCGGGGGGAGUUGGCUCUGGAGAGGCAGCGGGCCGAGCGGCAGGCGGGCAGUUUCGAGGAGGAGCGACGGACGUGGCAGGAAGAGAAGGACAAAGUGCUGCGCUAUCAGCAGCAGCUCCAGCAGAACUAUGUGAGCAUGUACCGACGCAAUCGCCAGCUGGAGCACCUCUUGAGGGACCUCAGCCGCGAGCUGGAGAGCCGAGACCACGACGACGAUGACGGCAGCGGCAACGAAGUCGUCUUUGAUGAGGUCGCCGCCACAGAAAUUUGAGUUUUUAUUAUUAUUUUUUUUAAACCUCACAGGUGGGAGCUUGUGUUUAAUGCCAGACAGUUAGGAAGCUCAGAGUUCCCCUCCAACAGUCAGUUAUCCACAGUGAGUGAAUGGUGAUGAUAGUAAGACAAUACAAUUAUCACUACAGGGAGUGUUGUUAUUUUCUUGUUGACAUUCUUGUCAGCUUUAUUCCAUCACGUUCCCAGUUGUGUAGAAGGCAUCUGAGAUCUGCCAAACGGUCUAGGGACUAUAGAAGCCAUUUUUUUAGAAUCAAACUACUGUAGUCAAGUCGCCUCGUGUGCUUCAGUACUUGAAUUGAGCAAAGAGUGAACAUGCGCUCGUAUCAGCGCCACAUUGAGAGAAUAUCCUCCACGACAGGGGUGGGUCAACUAUGGCCCAGAGCUGACCCACUCCAGUCUUUUCUUUGGCCAGCGGAGCACUUAAAAUUAUCAAUGGUCAGUCAAGCCCCUGUAAAAUUGGUUAACUAUUAAAAAUUUUAAUUAGGGGUGGGGGGGGCCCGAAAAGAAAUGGAUUAGUAAUUCAUUGUAAUAAAAAAUUUCUGUAAAUAAUUGCCCAAUUAUAAAAAAAAAUACAUUUAUGUUUAAAAGAUUCUGAAACAUAUCAAUCCAGUUGUAUAAAUGACAACAAUUUAUAUAAAAAUACAAGUAAAAUGCAAAAGUUGUAUUUUAUUAAAUAAUUGCGUAACCACACUAUUCAUUCAUUCAUUCAUUCAUUCACUAAAAUUUGUUUAUACUGUACAAUUAGUACAUUAAAUGUUUAUUUUAAUUUAUAGAGGACAUAAACUAUUUGUAUUAAAUGGUAUAUUGUCAAUUUUAAAUAAUACCAUUUUACAAGUUUGAUCAUGCAAACAAAUUGACAUUUUAAUUUAUCUUCAAAUUAAAUCCUACUACUACCUUCUCUCAGAUGGCUCAACCUUUUGAGCAGGUGUGACCAUUUUACUUCCUUUCGUCGGCACAAGAGAAAACAACAAAAAUGAUGAGGUCACCUUCUGAGCAAAAUUAAUCCGAGUGCACUCGUCACUGUGAAUAGACCAAAGAAAUGUUUCCACAAGGCCUGUUUCAUUUUGGAUGUUUGUCGGGCUUCCACAGCGCGUUAAGAAGUACAAAUGUAAAUUUUCACCUUGCUGUACAUUGUGUUUUUAUUAAAGGUCACAUUGAAUCGUUCAA